UUGUAUCCUCGUUUUAGUGUCAGAAGAGUGUGUCGAUCGAGCAGUGCAUGAUUCUACCUUCAGCAAAUUUCUAUUGUUUCAGCAGCCUUAUAAUCUUACGCUAUUGGCUCCAGAACUCUUCUUCAAGUCGCCUAGUUGACCUCAGUCAGUCAUCCUCGUAAGAAGGCAAACUACUUAGUAGUGGCUUGUGGAGGCGAAGCAAUAAAAGAACAAAAAACACAUUUCAAAAGGAGAACGUUGCUGACUAGGGAGGUGUUUAUAUUAAAAUUAAUUAAGUCACGAGUUGUUUUUAAGACGGUAGAAUGGGGGCAUACCUCUCAGAGCCGAUGACAACCAAGGAGAGCGAGGAUGGUUCCGGAAAUCGUUUACACUUUGGGUCAUCGUCAAUGCAAGGAUGGAGGGCAUCGCAGGAGGACGCACACAACUGUGUAGCACAAUUUGAUGACAAGUCUUCACUUUAUGGAGUAUACGAUGGACAUGGUGGUGCCGAGGUUGCUAUUUAUGUCGCCAAACACUUUCCAGACGUUUUAAAAAACACUGAAGCAUUUUUGAAUGGAGAUAUUGAAAAGGCCUUUAUUGAAGCGUAUUUAAAAAUAGAUGCAAGCAUAAAGGAACCUGAAGUACUGAAAGAAAUUCAGCGUUUGGCAAAACUUGCCGAUGGAGAGGAACCUGGCGAAGCAGGUGUUGAUGAAGACGAGGAGAAUGUGUCAGAAUUGUAUAAAGAAGCUACAAUGCCAUUAGCUAAAUUGGUUGCGAAAUAUCAGAAUCUUGCUGGGGCUAAUAGCGCUACUACCGGUGAUGAUGAGGUGUCAAAAGAGGAGUCUACUGAGGAGAAGCCAUGCAGUUCUUCUAAAAUUACUGCGGGCGGCAGUGGUAGUUCUAGUAGCAGCCGUGCUUCUGCCGCUGGAAAUGCUGGCGGUUCGUCAUCAUCGUCUUCUUCGUGCGUACCACAACAAGCAACGGAGGAACCUCCCUCAAACUCUGCGCCAACUACCAAGGUUCAGAGUACCACAGAAAGUAAUGGAAUAACAAAUGGAAAUGGAGUCAUCGUUGCCAGUUCUUCACUUGAAGAAUGCAAAAAGGAUGAGGAUGACUCCUCUGCUAAGGAAAUCCUGGAGAAAGUGAACAAGGGACCUGAAAGCAACAAGCAUGAGAUAACAGCUCAAGAUGACGGAAUUUCCGCUGGUGCUGCGGAAACAAUUUGUUGUAAUGGCAAUGGUGUUGAUUCCAAAAAAGAAGUUGAAAUUGUUUCUAGCGAAGCCAAGAAAAGCUCAGUUGAAACGGAAGGGGUAGUGUCCCCAACAAAGAGGAAGGGAAAGGUGCACCCUGUACCAAUUGUUAUGACAGAAAUUACCGACAAAUCUCCAACAAAACGAACCCCAUCGAGAAAGGCAACGCUGGCUGGCCUAAUGGCCUUUAGAAAUGAAGAUGAUUCAUCUGACUUUGACUCCAGUGAUUCUGACGCGCCGGAGAAUGACGUUGCUGAUUCAGAUGAAAUGGAUGAUGAUGACGAAGAUUCUGAUGAUGAAGAAGGCAACGAUGAUUCAGGUGAUGAAGAUGAUGAUAGUGAAGACGAGGAAGAUGACAAUUUCUUAAAUAGUAUGCAGGAACCUGGCUUUGACUCUGGUACUACUGCAGUUGUAUCAUUCCUCCGAUGGGAAAAUGAUAAAUUGCACCUAUGGGUUGCCAAUGCAGGAGAUUCUCGGUGUGUCGUGAGUAGAGGUGGAGCAGCGAUAGAUAUGUCAUACGACCAUAAACCCGAAUCAGAAGAGGAAACUCUUCGAAUAGUGAAGGCAGGAGGCAAAGUUACAGAUGAUGGAAGAGUAAAUGGGGGACUCAACCUAAGCCGAGCCUUAGGGGACCACACUUACAAACAAAAUCAGACGCUGCCCCCUGAGGAACAAAUGAUCUCACCUUUACCCACAGUUAAACACUUGGAACUCAAUCCACAGGAGGAGGAUGAAUUCGUGGUUCUUGCCUGCGACGGGGUAUGGAAUUCAAUGACAUCACAACAAGUUGUCGACUUUAUAAAACAGCGAAUUACAACAGCACCUUCUUUGUCCAAUAUAUGUGAAGAGUUGUUCGAAACCUGUCUGUCUGAGGAUACAUGUGGCGAUGGAACAGGCUGCGAUAAUAUGACUGCGAUAAUUGUACAGUUGACAACGCCAUCCGUAAAACGGAAGGUCGAAGAAGGUCUAAGUGAAGAGCCUUCAAAGCGCCCAAAAUUGGAUAUUGAUUGAAGAGCAGUACUCUAGGAUUAUGUUAUCGUUAAAUAUCUUAAAUAAUAUCUUUAAAUUCAUGUAUGAUGGAGAUAUUUGCAUGUCACUAUACACCAGCUAGACUUGGCUUCUGUUGUCCCUUGUCUAAAUUCCAUCUACCAUAUUAUCUAUUUGCAAGAACUGUUUAUAGUAUACAUACAUAAUUGCUAAAAAUUUUAAUGGUCUAUUGAGUGUAAGAGAUACCGAGAUUUUAUGUUUCAUUGAUUCUUGAUAAAUAUAAUAUUAUAUUUGUCUAUUUAGACAAAAUAUAUGAUCUGCAGUAUCCUUACGUGUGUAGGUCUUAAUUGUGUUGCUUAUUAACUACUUACUUCAGAGAGCUGUAUAACUUAAUGUUUGGAAUUUUAAUUUUUAAUGAUAAUAAAGAAAGAAGGCAAGUUAUUUAUCUACAA